GAGCCUCGAGGGCAGCGGGGUCAGGUGGGACUCAAAGAGCCCCUGGUAAAGGGCUGCCCUGCACCACCUCUGCCUGAGACAGCAGCGCUGCUGCAGUGCUGCCCUGCUCUGGAUCUGGCCCCUGUCCCAUCCCUACUUGGUGUGGUGGCCUCAGGAUGGGGACCACAGUCUGGGGGUGGCAGGGGGGCAAUACUAAUGAAAUCAGGGCUGGGGUGCUGGGUGGGAGGUGGUGAUGCCAUGGUGUCCCAUCCUGUCCCCACACUUGGGGUCAGCCACAGGAGCUGCAGAACAUGGGGUGCGCCGGGGGAUAGCCAUUGCCACCAGGUCACUGCAUGGGACGGUGGCCUACGAUGUGGGGAGUCAGUGGCUGUGGGGUGUGCAGCCACAUCUGCUCAGUGCUGGAGAGCAUGGUGGGCAAAGGCCCUGGCACACUGCAAAGGACCAGGAGUGAGGGUGGCACAGCUGGGAGGUGGCAGCGAUGGUCUCUCGAGGGCCAUGGGAUGGAGGUGGUGCCGUGCACGUCCCCCACAGUGCCACAGCCCUUUGCUUCCUCCUUUGCUGCACCCUUCUCCUUUCCCCUGGGCUGAGGUCUCCACCGGACAGAGGGAAGUGCCUUCUGGGGGCUUUCCCUGCAUUGCUGCUGCUGACAGCACAUUUUCCUACCACUUUUUCUUUGGGGGAGAGUUGGGCUUUCGCUUUCGUGGAGCGCAAUCUGCCGGUGGGAACGGGGCUGUGAGCACCUGGCUGUGCUGCAGUGGGAGCUGUGGGUGUGGGGCUUUUGGUGCUAUUGCAACGGCCCCACUUCUCCCCCCUCCGCUCACAGGAUGGGUUGUGUGAGGUCAAAGGAAGCUGGGAUCCAAGAGAAGAUGCAGCUAGGCCAUGACGAGAAGGACCCCGUGUCUGGCAGCAAGCAACAUGAUGAAAGCAGAGUGGCUGUGCCCCCUCCAGCGGAUGGCUCGGAGGACAGCAUGGUGCUGGCUCUGUACGACUACGAGGCGAUGCACUCUGGGGACCUGAGCUUCCAGAAAGGGGAGCGGCUGCGGGUCCUGGAGCAGCUGGGAGAGUGGUGGCAGGCACAGUCGCUGGUGACAGGGCGCAAGGGCUUAAUCCCCAGCAACUUCGUUGCCCGAGUUAACUCACUGGAGACAGAAGAGUGGUUCUUCAAGGGCAUCAGCCGGAAGGAUGCAGAGCGGCAGCUGCUCAGCCCCGGGAACACAUUGGGAUCCUUCAUGGUUCGGGACAGUGAGACGACCAAAGGUUGCUACUCCUUGUCGGUGCGGGACGGGGACAGCCUGCAGGGAGGCAGCAUCAAGCACUACAGGAUCCGGACACUGGAUAGUGGCGGCUUCUACAUCUCCUCACGCAGCAGCUUCAACACGCUGCAGGAGCUGGUGGAGCACUACAAGGGGCAGAGUGAUGGGCUGUGCCGGAGGCUCACCUACCCCUGCAGCAUGCCCAGACCCCAGAAGCCCUGGGAGAAAGAUGCCUGGGAAAUUCCUCGGGAGUCACUGAAACUGGAGAAGAAGCUGGGAGCCGGGCAGUUCGGAGAAGUGUGGAUGGCAACCUACAACAAGCACACCAAGGUGGCGGUGAAGACGAUGAAGACUGGCAGUAUGUCUGUGAGCGCCUUCCUGGAGGAGGCGAACCUCAUGAAGAGCCUGCAGCACGACAAGCUGGUGAGGCUGCAUGCCGUGGUCACCAGGGAGGAGCCCAUAUACAUCAUCACCGAGUUCAUGGAGAAAGGGAGCCUGCUGGACUUUCUGAAGAGCGAGGAAGGCAACAAGCAGCCACUGCCAAAGCUGAUCGACUUCUCUGCCCAGAUUGCAGAAGGAAUGGCUUUUAUUGAGAAGAGGAACUACAUCCACAGAGACUUGAGAGCUGCCAACAUUCUCGUGUCAGCGACAUUGGUGUGCAAGAUUGCAGACUUUGGGCUGGCCAGGAUCAUUGAAGACAAUGAGUACGUAGCCCGGGAAGGUGCCAAGUUUCCCAUUAAAUGGACUGCACCAGAAGCAAUCAACUAUGGAUCUUUCACUAUAAAAUCUGAUGUCUGGUCCUUUGGGAUUCUCCUGACCGAGAUUGUUACCUAUGGGCGCAUCCCAUACCCAGGGAUGUCGAGCGCGGAGGUGAUCAGGGCCCUGGAGCACGGCUACCGCAUGCCCCGCACAGAAAGCUGUCCUGAGGAGCUGUACGACAUCAUGAAGAGAUGCUGGAAGACCAAACCAGAGGACCGUCCCACCUUUGAGUACAUGCAGAGCAUUUUGGAGGAUUUCUUUACCGCGACAGAGGGCCAGUACCAGCAGCAGGCAUAGUGCAGAAAGUGCAGUGAGGGCAGCGGAGAGCCCCGCACUGUGCACACCAUCUCAGCAGCACUGCACGCACCUUGCUCUUCCAUGUCCCACUCCUGGUGUUCUGUGCGUGCCUCCUUCAUCUGCCAGCCUGGCAUAGAAAACAAUGACUUCCAGAUGUGGCCUGGCUGGGCACAAGGGCACAAGUGGAGCAGUUUAUUUGAGCCUCAUGAGAUCUCAUCGUGCUGUUUUGUGUGAGCAGGUGCUUGUGCUGCACUGCCCUCAGUGCAACGCCAUCUGCCCCGUGUGUGCUGCGCAGCACCCAGCACCUGGACACUGCUGAAAAUCGACGUGCUGGUGAAAUCCUGAUGGAUCUGCUCCGGGUACAGCACUGCAGCACUUCAGCUCAUCGCUGCCUCAGGGCCCUGAGGAGGUGUCACAGAACCACAGCUCCCUUUGGGUAUCCCGAGCACUUUUCAUAGCACUUCAUCUGUUGAGCGUGAGGAAUACACACAAUAUCCCAAGCUGGAAGGGACCCACAGGGAUCGCUGAGUCCAACCCCUGGCUCCACACAGGACACCUCAAAAUCAGACGGCGUGGCUCAGCCGCUCCCCACACGCCCUCAUUUGCUGCAGUCGGAGCCCCAGGAGCCGCCUCCGAGACCAGGCCCAGCCCAGGGCCGCCAGGAGCAGCACUGCCAGGGCUCUGCUCCUCCUGAUUUGCAUGAUGAGCAACGAACCGUGCGUUCCUUACACGCUCAUUUUAUCUUUCUGGUUCUCUUAGUAUUUAACGACGUGACAUUUAGGGAAGAAGAAGAGAGGAAGAAUUAUAUUUGUUAAGAAUGUCCUCCCCUUCUUACAACAAAGAGACGGUGAUUAUUUUUUUUCUCCUCAUAUAAAGAGACGAACACCGUUGUUCAUAUGCUUUAAUAUCUGCUUUCAGGCGCUUCCUUUUGUAGCCAAUAAAAUAUUUACACCAUCCCACAGCUGCAGCCCUCUCCGCGGCAGGCUGGUGGGGUAGAACCGCCCCGAUUCUGUAAAACCCGGAGCCGCUCCGGCCUGGGCGCAACGCUCCCCUUGCCCCUGGUGGGG